AUGGCCUUCACCCCGUAUGUGCCACCGAGCGUGCUCCACAUACCUCAGGGCCUACUGGACUUUCCUGCGAUGGAGGAGGAGAUGCUUAACUACUGGGACCAGAUCCAGGCAUUUGAGACGCAGCUCCGCCUCACCAGAAGCUACCCACCUUUCAACUUCUACGACGGUCCGCCGUUCGCCACUGGGCUUCCUCACUACGGUCAUCUUUUAGCCGGUACCAUAAAGGAUGUUGUCUGUAGAUAUUAUUCGAUGAAUCGUCGUUAUGUGAAUCGUCGUUUUGGCUGGGAUUGCCACGGACUUCCUGUCGAGUAUGAAGUUGACAAGAUGCUUGACGUCAAGAGCCCUAGCGAUGUCAUCAAUAAAAUAGGCAUCAGAAAGUACAAUCAAACGUGCAGGUCAAUCGUCAUGAGAUAUUCGCAGGAGUGGGAGGCCAUCGUCAAGCGAUCUGGUCGCUGGAUAGACUUUAAGCGUGACUACAAGACUAUGAAUCUUCUCUUUAUGGAGUCUGUGUGGUGGGUGUUUAAAGAGCUAUACGACAAAGGUCUUGUUUAUGAGGGGACCAAGGUGAUGCCAUACAGCACGGCCUGUGCUACGCCUCUAUCUAACUUCGAAGCCAACUUAAAUUACAAAGAGGUCCAAGACAUGACGUGUAUCGUUAGCUUCCCAGUGAUAGUACCAGACACAAACCGCGAGGUGGGUGGGACCGUUGAUAAGAACGUGAAUGAGGAGAAGAUCUCCCUUUGGAAGAAGGUGUUUUCUCCUUUUCCCGAGGUACACCUAGUGGCUUGGACCACGACACCGUGGACUCUACCCUCCAAUCUUGCUCUUUGCGUCAAUCCUUCUCUAGCUUAUCUUCUUUGCCGACGAGUGUUGGAUUCUGAUGGCGGAAAAGCUGAGAACUCACCGUGCUAUCUCGUUGCUGAAUCUCUUGUAAAGACCCUGUUUCCUCCUCUGGUGGACAAAAAGACGAAGAAGGAGACCCCUACGCAUGAAGUUCUCCACCGGCUUGUUGGCCAGGACUUGGCAGGUCUGCGUUACAACCCCCUUUUCCCGUACUUUAAGUCCUCAUAUGGAGCGAAGCAUGCUUGCUGGAAGGUUGUCGCAGAUGACUAUGUAACGUCAGACUCUGGAGUGGGCAUAGUCCAUAUUGCUCCUUUCUUUGGCGAGGACGACUACAGAGUUGGUUUGGAAAACAACAUUAUCGUGAAGGAUGGAGAUAUCGUUUGUCCUCUGGACGACUCUGGCAACUUCCUCCCCGACGUUGUUGACUUUGCAGGCCUCUAUGUUAAGGACGCCAACAAGCCCAUAUUAAAGUAUCUCAAGGAGGCCGGCAGGCUUGUCUCCCAGUCUACAUGUACCCACAGCUAUCCCUAUUGUUGGCGCUCAGACACUCCUCUAAUCUAUCGGGCGAUUCCCUCCUGGUUUGUCCGGGUCGAGCAGAUAAAGGAUUCCUUGAUAAGGAACAACCUGAAGGCCUCUUGGGUUCCAAAGGCAAUUCAAGAGAAGAGGUUCCACAACUGGCUGGAGAAUGCCCGUGACUGGUCUAUAAGUCGCAACCGCUUUUGGGGCUGCCCGAUUCCCAUUUGGAUGUCAGCCGACAAGACCCAGCUGAAAGUUAUUGGAAGUAUCUCGGAGUUGAGUGAGCUGACUGGGGUUCCUCUGACCCGAAUCAGGGAUAUCCACCGGGACUAUCUCGAUAACAUGACAAUACCCGAUCCGCGAGGGCCGGACUAUCCCCCAAUGAGACGCAUUUCUCCUGUCUUUGACUGCUGGUUUGAGUCUGGGUCUAUGCCCUAUGCGCAAAAGCACUACCCAUUCCAUCCUGAUUACAAGAAGGCACAGGGCGUAGACGCGUUUCUCAAGGAGUUUCCAGGAGACUUUAUCGCUGAAGGCCUUGAUCAGACACGAGGCUGGUUCUACACACUUCUCAUUCUCUCAACAGCUCUCUUCGACAGCCCACCGUCCAUGAACUGCAUCGUCAACGGUCUUGUCCUGGCGAGCGACGGCCAGAAGAUGUCCAAGCGUAUCCGUAACUAUCCGGACGUUAACCACAUUAUCAAUACCUAUGGGUCCGAUGCACUUCGCCUCUAUCUGGUAAACUCCCCUGCGGUCCGUGCUCAAGAGCUGCGGUUCCGUGAGGAAGGUGUAAAGGGCGUGACGAAGGACCUGUUUGUUCCUUGGUACAAUAGCUUCCGCUUCUUCACACAACAGGCCACCAGGUAUCACGAGGUCACAGGGAAAGAUUUCCUUUCACUGCUUAUUCACUCAGAAAAGCCGCUAUUUGAGGAAGCGCUGAAACGAAUGGUAACUAGCGUCCUCGAUAUGUGGAUUUUAGCUUCCUUUGAGCAGUUGGUCGCGACUGUUAGACGCGAAAUGGCCUCCUACCAACUAUAUAACGUGCUUCCUGAGCUUCUACGGUUCAUCGACGAUCUGACAAAAUGGUAUAUCCGCUUCAACAGAGACACGCUCAAGGGAGAGGAUGGGGUCAGCGCCACGUACGUCAGUCUAAAUGUUUUGUUCUAUGUCCUGUUCAUGCUCUGUCGCUUAAUGGCACCCUACACUCCUUUUGUGUGCGACUGGAUGUACCUUCAACUCAGGCCAGUUAUGAAUCUCCCCGGUGUGUUCGAUAAAGUGGCAUACCGCUCGAUCCACUUUUGGGCAGUUCCUAGCCUUGCGCCCAACACCUUCAAGUUUCAAGCACAGCCCAACGUUAUCCAGAAGAUGACUGCGCUCAAAGACGUCAUCAUGCUCGGGCGGAUGGUACGCAAGGACAAGUGUGGGGUCACGUCGUUCAAGAUGCCACUGGGGAGUGUUACCAUAGCACACGACAGGAAGGAAAUUCUGGAUGAGCUCAAAACUCUGGUGUCGUUCAUUCAAAGCGAACUGAAUGUCCUCGAGGUCAACUUCCAUGUAGGCGAGGAGGGGCUGGCAACGUUUGCUGUUAUUCCAGACUUUAUAGCCAUCAAAGAAGUGUAUGCUGGGGAUAAGAAGGUGCUUGGAAACGUAAUCAACAAGGUGAAAGGGCUCUGUGACAUCUCAAAGCCUGAAAACCUAGCCUUUGUAAAGGAGCUCAGAAAGACUGGGCGCUGCCAGCUGGACGGCAUAACUGUGACAAGCGAUCUAUGCAAAGUAAUGCUGGAGCCCAUCCCCGUCCCGAAUUACGCCAGUGCAGCGGACGAGAACGGAUUCCUCUGCUCCUUCGAUACACGCAUCACUCAAGAGAUAAAGCAGAAGGCUGUCGUGCGUAUUCUAUUCAGUAAGAUUCAACAACUGCGCAGGCGGGUUGGCAUGGACUUUCGCGACAAGGCAGAUGUCUAUGUAUACUCCGUUCAAGAGGGGGACGAGUUGGUCCAGUACGCCGUCGACUCUAUUGCAGAUCGCUUGAACGGAACAAUCCGUAACUCAGAGCCGGGGAACAUCGAGAGCAAAUCAGCUACAGAGAUGGCCUCGAUAGAGAACGACAUCUUCAAGUGCACAGUCCAGAUUGUCAAAUAUUAG